AAUGAGGUUAAUGUGUCAGUUUUAGAUCUUGCGGAAUUAUCUCCUGACAAGUGGUAUCGUAAAAUGAUACGUAAGGUUGAAAACAACCCUGAAUUGUAUCCAUCUUUUAAAGUAGAAAACAAUAUUCUAUACAAACAUAUUCUUUCUGAUAAUCCACUUGCAGAAACUUAUACUGACUGGAAAAUCGUUGUUCCAGCUCCAAAUAGAUCUAAAUUGCUCAAAAUGUAUCAUGAUGAUCCUACUUCUGGUCAUUUAGGAGUAUUUAAAACACUAUCUCGCAUAUCAGCUAUUUAUUAUUGGCCUAAAAUGAAGCAAUCUGUUCAGUUCUAUGUACACUCUUGCAAAGUUUGCUCACAAUGCAAACCUAGUAAUUUACCUCAAGCUGGUUUAAUGGGUAAAUAUAGAGACAUCAAGUAUCCAUUUCAAAUGAUUUCAGCAGAUCUUUUAGGACCAUAUCCUCGUUCUAAGAAAGGAAAUCGUUUUCUUUUAGUAGUUUGUGACUGGUUCACUAAACUUGUACUAGUUCAUCCAAUGCCUAAGGCAACUUCAAGCUCAAUUGUAAAAUUUUUAGAAAAUCAAGUUUUCCUUAUAUUUGGAGUUCCUCAAAUCAUCGUUGUAGAUAAUGGUCCACAGUUCAUUUCUAAAGAAUUUAAAGCGCUUGCAGAUUCAUACAAAGUGCAGAAGAUCUGGUAUUCAGCAAGAUACACCCCUCAGGUAAAUCCUACUGAGCGAGUUAACAGAACCAUCGUUACUGCAAUUAGGUCCUAUAUCAAAGACUCUCAUAAAACUUGGGAUGAGUCUAUUCAUCAAAUAGCUCAAGCAAUCAGACUUGCUAAACAUGAAGUCACAGGAUACUCGCCCAGCUUUCUAAAUUUUUACAGAAAUGUACCAGUUGAUGGAUCAUUCUAUGGAAAGAUUGCACCUGUUGCCAAUAAUCCAGUCAAUAUCGACCAGAACGUCAUAGAUCCAAAUUUUGUUCAGCAAAUUCCAGAAUUUUUACCAGCACAGAAUGCGGCAUUCCUACGAACUUAAUAGAAAUAGGUAUAAUCUGCGUAGACGACAUCUGCAAUUUAAUAAAGGUGAUAGAGUUCUCAAACGCAAUUUCUUUCAAUCAAGUGCUGCAGACAACUUUUGUGCCAAACUAAGUCCAAAAUUCCUUCCUUGUAUUAUUCAUAUAGUAAAAUCUCCGUUAGUAUACACAUUGAAAGAUCUCCAUGGUAAUAUCUUGGGAGAUUUUCAUGUUAAAGACUUGAAACCGGAUAAUACGUUGAAUGUUGAUCAUGGCAAUGGUAUUGAUGCUUUGCGUAAUGAUGUAAUGAGUGAGAGUUCUGAUUCGGACAGCGAUUAACUUUUGCUUUUGUGUAUUAUUAUGCUUUAUAUACUCUCAUAUUCUAAAAUUCAGAUAAAUUAUUCUUGCUUAAUCAUUAUCAUUUGUAACAAUACUCAUAUUUCCGCUCAAUCGAAGGGGGCGAGUUUUUCGAUCUGUACAUUGGAGCGAGUAGGUUUUCCUAUAUUUAUUUCCUAGUACAGAUGCGAACGGAGAAGAAUUUCCUUUGAUAAUGAAUAAACUUAUUUGCUGUAAGAGGCAGCUGAUUGUUUACUUUGGACAUUUGUCAUCGUUGAUCUUUCAACCUUUUGAAAUAUUACAAUCAGUCCAAUACAAAUAUUUCCGCUCAAUCGAAGGGGGCGAGUUUUUCGAUCUGUACAUUGGAGUGAGUAGGUUUUCCUAUGUUUAUUUCCUAGUACAGGUGCGAACGGAGAAGAAUUUCCUUUGAUAAUGAUUAAACUUAUUUGCUGUAAGAGGCAGCUGAAUGUUUACUUUGGACAUUUAACAUCGUUGAUCCUUCAACCUUUUGAAAUAUUACAAUUUGUCCAAUACUCAUAUUUCCGCUCAAUCGAAGGGGGCGAGUUUUUCGAUCUGCACAUUGGAGCGAGUAGGUUUUCCUGUAUUUAUUUCCUAGUACAGAUGCGAACGGAGAAGAAUUUCCUUUGAUAAUGAAUAAACUUCUUUGCUGUAAGAGGCAGCUGAUUGUUUACUUUGGACGUUUAACAUCGUUGAUCCUUCAACCUUUUGAAAUAUUACAAUAUGUCCAAUACUCAUAUUCCCGCUCAAUCGAAGGGGGCGAGUUUUUCGAUCUGUACAUUGGAGCGAGUAGGUUUUCCUAUAUUUAUUUCCAAGUACAGAUGCGAACGGACAAGAAUUUCCUUUGAUAAUUGUUAAGCUAAUUUCCUGUAAAAGGCAGGUGAAUGUUUACUUUGGACAUUAGUCAUCGUUGUUCUUUCAACCUUUUGAACCAUCACGUCAGUCCACCAUUUACAGAAUUUACAAGUCAUAAUUAUU